UACAUUGACCUGUUGGGGGCGGAGUAUUUUCUUUUUACUGCCAAAAAGCCAAUAAAAGGCUUUCGGCGUUUGCGUUUGAAACCGGGAUAUUAUAAUUUCCUGCAAAUAGGAGUGAAGCAACACAUGAACCAAGAAAAGAGCUGCUAACAUGGAUGCAAGUGAGGACCAAAACACCAGCACAAACACCACCACCACCAAUGGAAACCCUCAGACCAGCAGAACCUCCCGCACACCGCAGAUUGCCCACAUGUCUCUCUAUGAGCGGCAGGCCGUGCAGGCACUUCAAGCCUUGCAGAGACAGCCGAACGCAGCGCAGUACUUCCAGCAACUCAUGCUUCAGCAGCAGAUCAACAAUGCUCAACUUCAUAACCUGGCAGCUGUGCAACAGGCUACUCUUGCAGCGAGUCGCCAGUCUAACACCCCGAGUAGCAGCAUCUCACAGGCGACCACCACUGUUAACCUCAGUACCACAUCGGCAGGGGGAACUGCAGUGACGCCUCGUCCCCACGGGCCAGCCACCUCUGCGACAACUACCGCCCUCAACCAGUCAGUGUUGUUGGGGGGGAACUCGCCAGGACAGGGGCAGAUGUAUCUUAGGGUGAACCGUUCUCUCAGGGCUCCGCUGGCCUCUCAGCUCAUCUUCAUGCCGGGGGGUACAGCAACAGCUACUGUUACUACAGUGGCCCAGACCCAGCAGCAGCAGCAGCAGCAACAACAACAACAACAGCAACAACAGACUGAAGCGCCUACCUCAGCCAGCGCUCAGUCUGAUAAUGAUCAGGUGCAGAAUCUAGCCUUACACUGUGCGUCCACUCCCAGAGCGGUCGCCAUCAAGUCCGAGCUCCCCGAGAGGAAAGAGCCUGGCAGCUUUCCUGUCAGUCAGCAGCAGCAAGUUCAACCCCAGCAGCAAGCGGUCAAAUCAUCCGGCAACACGAUGGCCGUCAAAGGCUCCAACCAGCCCGCGAUCAACGUCCCUCCUCCCGCUGCGUCGGUGGCCCCCUCCGCCUCGUCCACUCCAGCGCUCCCACUUUCCCAGCUUCUCCUGUCGCCCUCGGCUGCCCCCGUCAUUCUGGUGCCCACCUCCAAUGUCACUACCUCCACCCAGGGCUAUUCCAUUGGCUCGGUCGCCCCUAAGGCCAACGUCAACACGCAGACUCUGGUGGUGCAGCCCCUCCAGCAGGCCAGCGCUGUUGCCGACAAAGGCCCCGUGCCCAUCCAGCCCAAGACAGUGCAGGGACACCGCUUACCCGUGCAGGUGUCCCCCCGACAGCCGCUUCCUAUUCUCCCAGCCCCGCCCGGCAAUAGCCAGGCGGCCCACAAUCCCCCGCAUAUUCCAGUGCAGCUGGUGGGGGCCAGGCAGUGCAUGGGAGGAAGCGUGCAGGCCGUGGCUCUGGCGCAGGUGCGAAACGUCACAACCCAGGAAAACGUUAACGCUAAUGCCACCUCACACAACACUUCUACAACUGUGAAUAAGUCUGCCAACGGCUCCCUGAAGAGGAAGUCGGACUGCGAUGCACCCAACGAAACGACUGCAGGUUCUUCCGAAUCUGUUUCGAUGAAAGACGCUGCUCCUGCUUUAACUCAGACACUGACAAAGGAUUCAGCAGCUCCUCUUCCCCCAGCCUCCUUGUUGCCACCCAACCUGUCCUUGCCUCUGCCGCUGUCGAGGGUGGGCCACGGCGACAAAGAGCGGGCGCCGCUCCCCCAAGCGGUGGUCAAACCUCAAGUCCUCACGCACCUCAUUGAGGGCUUCGUCAUCCAGGAGGGAGCUGAGCCUUUCCCUGUCGCCGGGCUCCUUAAAGAUCGUGACUUUGCCCUGGGUGCCCGUGUAGAGAAUGGCCCACCGAUGUUGAAAUGUGAGUACUGCUUAAGCCUGGCACCGGCCAGCCAGUUCAGAGGAACCAAGAGAUUCUGCACCAACACCUGUGCUAAAAGGUACAAUGUAAGCUGCAGCCAACACUACAAGUCAAGCAGAGGGAUAGGCGGCACCGCGGGGCCACCUCCGCCUCCGCCGCCGGCCAAGAAUGCUGCCAGGCGCCGCGGACCCCCUCGCCGCAGCAGCUCCAAUACCAACAAGUUGUCCGGCCAGCAUCGAAACGUCAAGUGCCACUCGGACUCCAGCCACUCAGAGGAAGCGUCCAGUGACGGCGAUGAGGAGGAAGAUGAGGAGGAAGAGGAGGACACCCCUUCCCUUUCUCCCAGCUCCUCCCACUCACGCAACAACGCUCCCCAGUCGGACGCCUCGGCUCCCGGGAGCCUCCCCAUGGAAACGGCCGGCUUCCUGUCGGCCACUCCAGCCCAGUGGAGCGUGGAAGAAGUGUGCAGGUUCAUCUCGUCGCUUCAAGGCUGCGAGGAGCUGGCCGCUCACUUCCUGUCCCAGGAAAUCGACGGGCAGGCUCUGCUGCUCCUCCGCGAGGACCAUCUCAUCUCGACCAUGAACAUCAAGCUGGGUCCUGCCCUCAAGAUCUGCGCCUCCAUCAACAGCCUACGCGAGUGACCAAUCGUUUACUCAUUGUCCACAGUGUUAUUUUGGGAUGUUGACACAACACUAUGAUUAACAGUUUACAUUUUGGACCUUGAAUGUGCCAAAACAUGUUUGGGUUUUUGGGGGCUGUAUAGUAGUAUGAGUGAUGACAUUAACAAUGUUAACUACGCUAACCCAGUAGUGAGAAAUAGUGUUUCGACUUGUUUUUGUACUCUCAUGUCAAGUGGUAGCGAGGUUAUCGACACAAAAGACAUGAUGCCUUCUUGUUGUAUUUAAAAUGGUGCUUCACUUUUUUUUUUUUUUUUUUUUUUUUUUUUUUUUUGAGUUCCUGUCCAUCAAGAAUGGAGGCAUUCAUAAUGGUUUCUGAAGUUUACUUUUGUAUUUUUCACCUAUUCUACUCUACAAAGUAUUUUUCAUGUCAAGUUUUCAGAGCUGUAACCAACUUACGAGGUGUGCCAGAAAAGCUCCAGGACUGGUGUCACAACGGAUAUACAGCGGUGCCUUGAGAUGAGUUUCAUCCGUUCCAUGGCCAUGCUUAACUCAAAUCACAUUUUCCCCAUUGAAAUGAAUAGAAAUUCCAUUAAUCCAUUACAGCCCCCCCCCCCCAAAAAAAAACAUUGUUUUUGUUUUAAUAAUUGCAAUUUAUAAGAACAUAGUUAUGACAAUAAAAAUAGCAUGUAAAGAUUGCUCAAAUUUCCAUUGCUGGGGGGGUUAUAACAGUGCGAUACUGAUGCUAUUCUUUAGCCUGUCUAUGGUGUUUUGCAUUGUUUGUUAGCAUUCAGUUAAACUGACUCAUCUAAAGCAAAGCUAUGUGGUUUGAAAUUCAGUGUAUAAUUCUGUAGUAAACUGCUUGAAGCCUUUUAUUUUUUUUUUUAAAUUGUUCAAUUAUCUGUCAAACCGCUUGUGAAUACAGUGCUCUUGUUAUUUUUGCUCGCUUGUCAAAGCAAAAAAAAAAAAAAAAAAAAUGACUGGAGAGCUCAUAUCGUGAAAAACUAAAUUGGGUCACUCAUAUCUCAAGGCACCAAUGUAUAUUCAAAUACAAAGUUUUAAGUAAUCUCGCUGGUGUGUGACACGUCCCCCCCAGCCUUUUCUGCUACACCUUCAUGCACUCUUGGAAAGAUUCUUUGGGAUCCUCCGCAGGUUUGUCAUGGCCAUCUUGAUGUCAUCCACAACUUCAAAAUGGGUCGCCUUGGUAACCAAGCCAGAAAGGCAGCCGGAGGGGGGGGGGGGGGUGAUGAUAACACUGAGCUCGGUUAGGUGGCGAGAAAGAUUGCUCGAGCAGGGCGAUGUUUUCUUGGCCAGGAACUGACAGAUGCUCAGGGCAUUGUGAGCAUCCGUUGUCAUCAUGGUGAAGCAGCCACGAGUUGUUUCGAACUAUAUCUUUUGUAUCACCAGUCCUGGAACUUUUCUGACAAAGCCAAUGUUUUAUCUUCCUCAACUUUGCAAUGAGCAGAUUGUGAUUAUUUAUUCACAUUUUGUUAAGUCAUUCCAUUCACGGUCCUUCAAUGUGUAACAAACAUGGCAAUGCGUCACAUCUGCUUCUUGACAUCGGUUAAGGAAGGUGGUAAACGAGGCAGGCAAACCGUCAUUCCACAGCAUCCAUUCCAACUGGAUGCCUUUCAAGUUUACAUCUGCUUCAAAGUCUAUUUUCUUUCACCUAAACCUUAAAAAAAAAAGUUGGUUUUUUUUCAUAGAGAAAAGCUUAAUAAAAGUCUUGAGG